GUACGUAAAUCAUAUAUUGCCAUGUGUGAAGAGCGCGUUUAUGCUCGUCCACGGAUUGGCAUGAGCCGACUGUCGUCCAGUGUUAUUAGUUAUUUCGAAGUUGACGCAUACUGAUCGAUUACACCGGAGUACAAUUCAAUACUGUCGAACAGUUUUAACGCGACCUCAACCAACACCACCGCCAUCGUUGUAGCCUCCGCCGCCGUUCACCCUCCUCCUACUCCUCUCAAUUCGAAAUAAUUACGCGGAUUUUUCAAAGUGAUUUGCAUUUACAAGUGUUGACAACUCAGAGUCACGUCGAAUCAAAAAUUCAAAGUGAAUAUUUCGAGCGAAAUCAAAAACGAAUUUCAAAAUCCAUCUAAACAAAAAUAUUGUUCCCACUGCCGGUACAACAACAACAACAACAGCCACCAUUGUGCAUUGGUAUAAUUUGCCCAAACGAGGCCAAUUAGUGCAAAAUAUUUACAAUCGCUUUAGCCCAAAAUAUGUACUUGUCGGAUUGAAAUUUGAAAUAAAAUUAACAAAAUAAAACAAGAAAGAGUUCUCAAAAAAAUCAAAAAAUAACGAGCACUACCGACUAUGUUAAGCUACUCAAUAUGGUGGCUCAUAGCGCUAUGGACGUGUACGGUGAUGACAAGUGCAUCUCAAAAUUACAACUCCCUUUACAACAAAGCCGUCAGCCCAGAGCUUAAAAAAGCCAUUCAAAAGGAAUUGCCCAAGGAAGCAAAGUUCUUCGAUGAGCUGGACUUGAUACCCCAAACCUGUCGCUAUCGUGGUCAAAAAUUCGAAUGUGGCCUAUCGAUAUCGUGUGUUCUGAGUGGUGGCAAACCUUUGGAUUUAUGUUCCGGUGGCAUGAUAUGGUCCUGCUGCGUGGACAAGGAUGAAAACAGUGCCGAGGAAACCAGUAAUGCAGGUCAAGUCAACAACACCAGUGAUAUCAUACACUUGUACGACAUCUAUCCCGACCUGGCCAAUCACAACCACAACAAGCAUCAUCCGAGCAGUCAUAGCAGCAGCCACGCCUACAUCACCUCACUGAAACGACCCGUGCACAGCAAUGCAAUUAGCAGCUCCACAACGCAUUCGGGUCUGUCGAAUGGCAAUCCCUAUCCGGCCGUGGUGAACAAUCACCAGUAUCAGAUAUCUUCGUCGUCGGCGUCACAACAUUACACCACCAAUCGGCCACAGUUGCAUUCCCAUUAUAAACCCACCACGCGACCUGUAUCGACGGGCGGUGGAUUUGCAAAUGCUCCAGGAACUUGGGACCAUGACAUUAAUCACAUCGUUGGCCAUGGAGGUGUUGGCGGUGGUGUUGGAAGUCAUACCGGCAUAACCAAUCAUUUGGACAGCUUCUUCGAUGUGCCUCCCGAACCGCAGGUUCAGAGGCCGGCAAGUAGUCUGGACUCAGCAAACUCACAUUCCCUGGUCCCGCCGAAUGAGUCGAACUAUGCGGUGGGAAAUGUCUUGGACUUGAAUACGGGCGAAGCAGGCGAUGAUUACCCCAGCGGUUCAUCCCACACCGAUGGUUCAUAUCGUCCAGUGCCGGGUUGUGGGGAGGUUUAUACCCGUUCGAACCGUAUUGUGGGAGGACAUUCGACUGGCUUUGGUUCGCAUCCUUGGCAGGUGGCCCUCAUCAAAAGUGGAUUUUUAUCACGCAAGCUAAGCUGCGGAGGAGCUUUGGUGUCAAAUCGAUGGGUUGUUACUGCUGCUCAUUGUGUGGCCACCACCCCUAAUUCCAAUAUGAAAAUACGUUUGGGCGAAUGGGAUGUGCGAGGUCAAGAGGAACGCCUCAAUCACGAGGAAUAUGGCAUAGAACGCAAAGAGGUCCAUCCCAACUAUAACCCGGCUGAUUUCAAAAACGACCUGGCUUUGAUUCGUUUGGAUCGGAAUGUGGUCUACAAGCAACACAUUAUACCGGUGUGUCUUCCACCACCAAACUCCAAGCUGGUGGGCAGAAUGGCUACAGUUGCUGGAUGGGGUAGAACCAGACAUGGUCAGAGUACUGUUCCCUCCAUUCUACAGGAAGUUGAUGUCGAAGUGUUGUCCAAUGACCGUUGUCAGCGUUGGUUCCGGGCGGCCGGCCGUCGUGAAGCAAUACACGAUGUCUUUCUGUGUGCUGGCUAUAAGGAAGGUGGUCGCGACUCAUGUCAAGGCGAUUCUGGUGGCCCCUUGACCCUUACCCUAGAUGGCCGUAAAACUCUAAUAGGUCUUGUUUCUUGGGGUAUUGGCUGUGGUCGCGAACACCUCCCAGGUGUCUAUACAAACAUUCAAAAGUUUGUGCCCUGGAUUAACAAAGUCAUGUUCAAUGACAACGGCAACACGUAGCCAUGCUGCUGAUCUGAGCACCCACGUCACCACACUUCAUCUGUCACUUACUCCUUGAAGCGUCGCCCACUUAGUGAUGGUUAUCGUCAACAUCUCGGGGUUGUUAGCACUUAAGUCAUCAGUGUUUAAGUAUCUAUGCAUCUGGACCGUCUUUACUCCAUCCCACUUCAGCUGUCGUUGUAGCCGUCUUAAAAAGUAUUUUCGGGUUUGCCUAUAAGCUAUGCAUCCUACCGACUUUGUAACGAACUGAGUAACGCCUUUAUUUAUAACAUAUUUAUACAUUUAGUUAUUAAAUUAAUUUAUUUAUUUGUAUUUGAUUUUUUAUGUUUUUUUAUUAUUAUAAUAAUAAAUUAAAAGAAAAAUAACGAAAAGUAUGUAAAAUAUUUAAAAAAAUGAGAACUGUCAGGAGAAUUGUUAGAUUGGAAAAAUUAGACCCAACAUUUUUGGGAAAAGGAAAUUCUAAAAUACUUUCAUUAU